UAGUAAGGGCCUUCGUUUCCCGGAGAGCGACGAAGCAGUCUAGCAGAAAGGCGGGCAUGGUUGGAGUAAGAGUGUUGCUUCAAAAAUUCGCGGUUCUAAGCGGAAAGCGAAUUCCAUUAAACACAAACAAUCCCUUAAGACGAGCAACAGCAAACUCUGCGGGGGAUUUUCAUGGUAGGGUUUUUGCUUUCUCUACAGAGGCGAGGCGAGUGGGCACCCAUAGUGGGAGCUUUCAUUGCGAUGACGCUCUCGCUUGCUUCAUGAUUCGUCUCACAGAUAAGUUCUCCAAUGCAGAGAUAGUUCGUACAAGAGACCCUCAGGUGCUGGACACGCUCGAUGCGGUGCUCGAUGUUAGUGGCGUGUGUGAUCCUAACCGAGAUCGUUACGACCAUCACCAGAAAGGAUUUCAGGAAGUGUUUGGUCAUGGAUUUAAUACUAAACUCAGCAGUGCUGGCCUUGUCUACAAGCAUUACGGGGCAGAGAUUCUUUCCAAGCAACUUCAACUCGAUAAAGGACAUCCAAAUGUGGAUAGAUUGUUCUUAGCAGUAUAUAAAAACUUUAUCGAGGCAAUUGAUGCUGUUGACAAUGGAAUCAAUCAGUACGACUCUGAUAAACCUCCAAGAUAUGAAAAUAAUACUAGUUUAUCUUCUCGAGUUGGAAGAUUGAAUUUGGAUUGGAUGGAUUCUGAUCAGUCAAAUGAGUCUGAGAAUGAAGCCUUUCAACGUGCCAUGGAACUUGCUGGCAGUGAAUUUUUGGAGAGUAUUCAUUUUCAUGCAAAAUCUUGGUUACCUGCUCGGAUGGUUGUAAUGGGGUGUCUUACAGCAAGAGGAGAUGUUGAUGCCAGUGGAGAAAUCAUGGUGUUGACUAAACCUUGUCCUUGGAAGCUGCACAUUUUUGAACUUGAGGAGGAAAUGAAGAUUGAUCCUUCCAUCAAAUAUGUUCUUUACCAGGAUGACAGAAGUGGGAAUUGGCGAGUGCAGGCAGUGGCAGUUUCGCCUGAUAGGUUUGAGAACCGUAAACCGCUACCACUAUCGUGGAGGGGUUUGGAAACUUACAAGCUCUCUAAGGUGACAGGGAUUCCUGGUUGUGUUUUUGUCCAUAUGAGUGGAUUCAUUGGUGGAAAUCGAAGUUACGAGGGUGCUUUGGCUAUGGCAAGAGCCUCAUUGAAAGCCUAAGCCAAAAAGAAUAAUAAUUGGUUGGGCCAUGGUCUGUGCCCCUAAGCCUACUAUAGUACAUUUGAGCUGAUUCCUGUACCUGUAAUUGACUAGCACGAUACCAUGUUCCGUUCUGUGGGGAUGUCAGUGGCAGUCAAGGUACUAUCACAAACACUGUUGUUCUAAGUCGUAUUAGCGCAGCAUUCCAUGUACUAUGUCUAUGAUUUUUGCAAAUUCCUCCUGAUGGCUUAUAAGCGAGCCUGCUGAGGUACUGUGACAAGUCAACUGUUCUAAGACUUUUACGGGUAUAAGAAGUCAAUUUUGUAUUAUCUUAUAAUCCUCCUGUUACCAUAAGAAAGCAAUUCAUGACAUCUUGUAGUUAAUUUUGUACUUUGCUUUGUAAUAUCUUAUAGUCCCACAGCUGAAGUACUGUGGCUUGCUUUGAUUGCUCAGAACAUUUGAUGGGAAA